AUGUCGGGGAGACCUCCUCCAAAGGGUCCUAGGGCUCUGUCGGCGGCUGGACCAUCGUCCUCGUCGACGGCACCGUCCUCGAGCUCGCUGUCUGUCCAUGGCCCACCUCCUUUGCCGUCCCAGCGCCCUCCACCAAGCUCGCACUACUCAAAACCGAUUCCAACAGGGCCUCGAAGCCUUCACUCGACAACCAGGUUUUCCCAUUCGAGUCCCAAAACACCGUAUAAUGGGUUCAGCAACAACAGCAGCUUUGUAAACUCCGCUGGACCAAGCAUGCCCAAUGGCUUGAAUGUCAGAGAUUCACAGAGCAGUCGAUAUUCGUCCUCAACAAACGGUAAAAAGACAGAAAUCGUGUCUGAAUCGACGACCCGGCAACCAAGCGACUCACAGCGACUGAGCUGGUCAGAACCGACAACAAAUGGAAUUGCGCCGUCAAACUCGAUUCCAGAGACUCGUCCUUCGAUUUCAAUACCAAUUCCGAGCUCGAGUUCAAGUUUGGCGGCGCUGCCUGCAAAACGAGCUUCAGUACAAAUAGCCUUGCCCUCGUCGUCGAGCCGUGGCCCACCACCACCUCCGCCCGACGAACCACCCCCGCCGCCGCCUCCUCCGUCUCAACCUCCGCCCCCAGCGCCGCCUCCACCCGAGCCAUCGCCGUCUCUGCCCAAACCACCACCGCCGCCGCCGACUUCAAUACGACCGCCCUCGCCGAAAUCCCAGCCCCCUCCUCCGCCCCCGCCACCCCCGCAAACUCGACCUCCUUCCCCACCAAAAUCGAUUCCACCUCCGCCACCACCUCCAACGUCGAAUCCCGAGCCUCCUCCGCCCCCGCCACCCUCUGUUCCAGCACCUCCUCCGCCAGAGUCACACCCGCAGCCUGGGCCAUCUACACGAAUACCUCCGCCAUCGUCACAACCCCAUUCGCCAAUACGAAGUCGUCCCAUUGAGCUGCCGCUUCCCCCCAAACCGGUGCUCUCAGAACGCCCCCAUCCUCGGAUUCACUCGCCCCCUCGCGGCUCGUCGUCACGAAACCGCUCUCCGAGGCCUCGCUCGCGAUCACGACCGCCCCACCCAUCUUCUUCACGACCUCGGUCCCGUUCUCCCCGUUCGUGGUCGAGGUCGCCGUCUCCUGGACCACGGUACCACUAUGAUCGUCGGCGGUCACGAUACUCACCACCACCCCGUCGGGAUCGAGACCGUGAUUGGGAACGGGAUCGGGACUACCGACGUCCUUACCGGUCUCCACCACCUCGAAGGCCAGAUUAUCCGCCUUCAAGUCGUCUACCUCCUCGACCACUGUCACCACGACGGGAACGUGAACGGGAGCGAGACCGGGAGCGGGAACGGGAACCACCGCCCCAACCACCCACGCCGCGCACACGAUCGCCGGAGAAGGAGCCUGAGCCGCCUCAAAAACUCUAUUCCCUACCACCUCCACCAGAAUGGCCACCUCCAGGGUCGAGCGAAUACCCCAAGGACGAGCGGACGUUCAAAGUUCUCUACGACGCAGCUGUGGAUGUUAAUAUGGCUAGCCAUCCAUCUUUUGUCUCCAACUACUCGAAACUCCCAUCCUAUUACCGCAGUCUAAUCGACCACCUGAAGAAACACGCGUCAUCCGAGGUCCAGCAGAAGCGGUUACAGACGACGGGGAAAGGAAAAGGGAAGGAGAGUGUGGUGUUGUAUAGGUAUGAAGGAGAGGUGAUCACGACGAAAUCGGAAGAGGAUGGGUUUAUGGAGGAGGAGCCUGUGCCGACCGAUCCCAGGAAGCUGGAGGGUGUGAAGGCCAUUCGACAGUAUCGAGGGUAUAGGGAAGAGCUAACGCAGGUGCAGUACGAGUAUGACGAACACUCCAGUGGCCCUCCACCGCCCACCGCGGUCCUUUUCACCAACCUCUCCCCUCUGACCUCAAACAGCGACCUGAAACGGCACCUUGGACAAUAUGGCCAGAUAGUCUCAUUCGACCCACAGAUCGACCGGGAAAAAGGAAGCGCACUCGGAGUCGUACAUGUCAGGUUCAUGACGCACGAAGAGGCUAGGCGGUGUCUGGAGAAGGAGAAUGGACGGAAGGGAGGGUUAAAGAAUAUGCAAAGGGAGGAAGAGUGGAACGUGGUGUUUGACGGUGAAGGGAAGGUACUUCAGUCGUACAAAAUCCUGUUGGAUCAGGCGAGGAAAGACGAGCGAAAGCCAACUGGACCACCAGCAGUAGGGCCAGGACCAGGACAAAGACCGAGGCUUCCGAAUGGAAUACCGAGCACAAGUUCCCUGCCUGCGAGGCCUACCGGUGGCAGUACGCCGCAAACACCCAUCCAUCCCUACUCUAGCCAUGGGCCACCACCACCGAAGCCACCCCACCUACCCGCGAGCGUGCCCCCGAACCCCAUGCAUGCAGCUCAGCAGUCUCACUCGCAUUCCCAUUCGAGCACACCCAAUGAUCGACAUUCCAGAUCCUACCAUCCCGACCGUGACCGCGACCGUGGGGACAAACGUAGCCGUGAUCAGCGUCUGACUCCUCUGCAGCCACCUUCAGGCGAAGCUCCUAUCCCUCACGCGCUGCUCAGGGCGAAGGAACAAGUUCUGCAGAAACCUGCCACAGAUGAGAAAGGGUCGAAACCGGAUAUUGACAAUGCCCGUGGCAUGCACGUCGACUCACCUUCAACGAAUGCCCGUGAACCGGCUCAACCAGGCCAACCGUCUUCAUCGUCCCUUUCGACGUCUGCCACCGCUGCUCCAGCCGAGAAGAAGCCCGUCAUUCCAGAGAUCUCGGAAGAGGAGAAGGCCAGGGAGAGGGAGAGAGUGAUGAGAGAGUUGGCGAGCAUUGGGAAGGAGUAUGUCCACGUUCGGUUCCCUCCCCAUGUGAAUCCCAAUACUCUGAAGGAGAGCAAGAUUCGGCCAUAUUUUGACAGCUUCGGUACGGUCCCGGACAAGAUCCUUCGCAACUUUGAAGGGGCAUAUGUUACCUUUGCUAAACCCGGAUCAGCCGUUCGAGCUUCGAUCUUGCUAGCCACGGUGCCUCUUCUGGCACAUCGCGUGAAACUCAGCCAUCACCUGCCUCCUCCUCCUCCCCCUCCUCCAGCAUCUGAAUCCACAACAACGCCACCCUCUACAACAUCAACCACGUCCCCAUCUAAUUAUCCACCAUGGACUCCCGACGAUGCCAAGAAGAUCCUGGACCAAGCUCACGAACUAAUUGUGAACGAGGUCAAGGCCUUGCUAGAAAAGGAGCUGAACGACAAGUUUAUCUUCAACGACGUCAAGCAGGCCAUGAUUGAAGAAAAGACAUCUCUAGCGAGCAAAAACGAGCAGCAAGCGGCGGCCUCGAGGCCCAAGGUCAAGAUGGGCUUGAAGGGGCUGUCGUUCAAGAAGCAGAAGAAGCGGGUGGUGGAGGAGAAGAAACCGGUGGAGGAGGAAGAGGUCGUGGAGAAGAAGGAGAGGAAGGACAAGAAGGAUAGGAAGGAUAGGAGUGAUGAGAAGGCCGUUUCUGCGGAUGUGGAGCAGGAACAGGAGAUGGAAGAAGAGGAAGAGGAAGUUGACCGUCGACCAAGGAAGAAGGCCCGGAAGGAUGUCAAGAGACCCUCGAGGAUCGUCGAUGAUGACGAUAUCGAAUCAGAGGAUGAACCUGAGGACUCUCGACUUCGCGCCGACUCUGCAGCUGUCGAAGAACCUCGACGUAAACGUGCUACCUCCGAGAUCCAAGAGGACGAUGACGAAGCUGAGGUGGAACAGCCUGUCAAGAAGAAGGUUAAACUUGAGGCCGGGACGACGAAAGGGAGGAAAUCGAAGAAAUCGAAGAAGGAACGUGCAGUUGAGGUUCUACAUGUUGACGAGAACGACGACGAGGCUCAGCCUCCAGCCGUGGCCAGGAUUGUCGUCAGAUCGGACCUUGAAUCCACCACGUCUCGCAGCCCAUCCCCUACCUCGCGGCGUCCUACACGUGCAGUCACUCCCCCUCCGACGCCACCUCCCAACCCUAUCGAACUCGGACUAUGCGAAGACGAAGAAGAUUUGUACUUUGCCAAACUUGCUUUGGCGGGAUAUGAUCCUUCUACGGCAGUGGCACAGGAAGAGGCACCGGCAGCAGGAGCGGAAUCAGCACCGGAACCCUCGGAGCCGACGUCCUCGAGGAAGCAUCUUACCGGAUCGGCUCGAACGGAAGGGUUCUACAAGAUCACGAAACAAGACAAGGCCAUGUAUCUCGAGCAGUACAAGUCCAAGGCUGCAGCAGAGGUCAUACCCUCCGUCCCAGCGGCUGAGAAGCCACCUCCUCAGCAAGUCAUGUCGUCCCGUUCGAACCGUGCUAAUGCCCGUCGUCGCGCGGCUGGUCUGGAAGAGAUCAACCAAGUCCAGAGAGCGGUGGCGUUGUCCAAGGGCGAAACUGCUGCUAGUGAGCUUACGUUCAAGUUUAACCAACUCCAGACGAGGAAGAAGCAUUUGCGGUUCUCGAGGUCGCCUAUUCACGAUUGGGGUCUUUAUGCCAUGGAGAAGAUUUCAAAGGGUGAGAUGGUGAUCGAGUAUGUGGGAGAGGUUAUUCGUGCGCAGGUCGCAGAUAAGCGGGAGAAGACGUAUGAGAAGCAGGGGAUUGGAAGUAGUUAUUUGUUUAGGAUUGAUGAGGAGUUUGUGGUGGAUGCCACGAAGAAGGGCAAUCUUGGACGAUUGAUCAACCAUUCUUGCGACCCUAAUUGUACGGCCAAGAUUAUUACGAUUAGCGGGGUGAAGAAGAUUGUCAUCUAUGCGAAACAAGAUAUUGAACUUGGCGAAGAGAUUACCUAUGAUUACCACUUCCCCAUCGAACAAGACAACAAGAUUCCAUGUCUAUGCGGGUCGGCCAGGUGUCGCGGGUAUCUGAACUAG